UUAUCUUGAUGUUAGCAACAGGCCCAGGGGGGCUCAGCGUGCGCCAGUGUUGAGACAAGAACACGAACUAGUUGUCGCGGAUGUGCGCAGUCGCCGAUAUUGGCUCAACCGACCGAUCAGCAAUUUAAUCGCUCAAUCAACCGAAUCGACCUCCUCGAGCGGGGGUUGCUUUUGGGACUUUCCGUGGAAAUCCAAAGUACAAAUUGACCCCGGCCACAACCAUGCAUGGAACAGGAGAUGCAAGCAGCUUGAAGACGGGCAUGAUUGACUUCGUCGCCGGAUGUUUCGGAGGAGUCGCCCUCGUGUACGUCAGCCAGCCCAUGGACACCGUGAAGGUGAAGAUGCAAACAUUCCCGGGCCUGUACCAGGGGCUCGUCAACUGCACAGUGCAAACGUUCAAACGGGAUGGUAUCGUACGAGGGCUGUACGCCGGCACGCUACCGGCUGUCGUUGCAAAUGUGUCGGAAAACUCAGUAUUAUUUGCCGCAUACGGUGCCUGCCAACAGCUGGUCGGGCGUUUCACCCACAAACCAACCAUUGCCGAGCUGUCGACGCUCGAGAACGCGACCGCUGGGUUUCUGGCCGCUUUUUUCUCCUCCUUUACGCUUUGCCCGACCGAGCUGAUUAAGUGCAAGCUGCAGGCCUUGCGCGAGACGCACUCGCAACUGGAUGACACCGGGAAACGGCGCCCGAUGGUGUCCUCGUACGCGCUGGUCAGCCAGAUCCUGCGCACGGAGGGUGUGCCGGGCAUGUUCCGUGGGCUUACUUCGACAUUCGCGCGUGAAAUGCCCGGUUACUUUUUCUUCUUCGGUGGGUACGAGAUGACGCGUGAGUUUUUCGUCCGACCCGGCCAAACGAAGGACGACAUUGGACCGCUCCGGACGAUGGCUGCGGGUGCGGUGGGUGGCGUCGCCCUGUGGACCGUCAUCUUUCCGGCGGACGUCAUUAAGAGCCGCAUUCAGGUGUACAGCAUGCGAGCGAGCAUGACCCAGGUUGGGAUGGAUAUUUUCCGGAAGGAAGGAGUGCUCGCUUUCUACAACGGGCUGCUGCCGACAAUCGUGCGAACCAUUCCAGCGACCGCUGUUCUGUUCGUUGUGUACGAAUAUACGAAAAAGGCGCUUACGAGGCUGCUAGAGUAGCUGCCUGCUCAGU